UUUCUUUUAAUGUUUACUGUGAACCAAGCUCAUUCACAACUGCUUCUUAAAUGGCCCUGUCUUCUUUUUCAUAACUGAGAAUGUUGCUCAAAGGGGUUGUGACCUACAUGAGGCCACACAGCUGUAAGGGGUGGGGGUGGGAGCAGAUGUUUUCAGCCAGGGCCCAACUCUCUCUCUUGGUCCCCUGGGUUCUCCCCUAGCUGACAAGGGGCACAGGGAAGACCCACUUCUUCUCUGUCUCAGCAGGGCCUGGAGGACCAUGUCCCUCAUCCCGUGGCUCCGGUGGAACGACACCCCACCCCGGCUGUCAGCCCGGAGCCCGGCGGAGAUGGUGCUGGAGACGCUGAUGAUGGAGCUGGCUGGGCAGAUGCGGGAGGUGGAGAGGCAGCAGAGGGAACGUCGCAGUGCGGCCAGGAAGGUCUGCACUGGCGUGGACUACAGCUGGCUGGCCAGCACGCCCAGGCCUGCCUAUGACCUCAGCCCUGGGGAGCGGCUGCAGCUGGAGGAUGUAUGUGCCAAGAUCCACCCAUCCUACUGUGGGCCUGCCAUCCUCAGGUUCCGACAGCUGCUAGCCGAGCGGGAGCCCGAGGUGCAGGAGGUGGCGCGGCUCUUCCGCUCCGUGCUGCAGGAGGCCCUGGAGAAGACGAAGCAGGAGGAGGAAGCCCACAAGCUGACGCGCCAGUGGAGCUUGAGGCCCCGCGGCAGCCUGUCCUCCUUCAAGAGCCGAGCGCGCAUCGCGCCUUUCGCCAGUGACAUCCGGACCAUCUCGGAGGACGUGGAGCGCGAUGCGCCACCGCCACCACGCACCUGGAGCAUGCCAGAGUUCAGGGCACCCCAGGCCGACUGACCUCCCUGGGCGGUCACCUGCAGGAGGGAAUGACAGGCCGGUUUCCGGGUUGCCGGUGCUGGAACCUCCCCACCUACCCGGAACAGGAGACCCACCAAACAGCACAGCUGAACCACCUGAGCCACCUACCCAAGUGCACACACCUGCUUGGCUACAGGGAGGAGUCAGGACUGGAGCCCUGUUCCUCCCCAGCAAGUCUCCACUUCCCAGCCUGAUGCAUACACAAGGCCUGGUGUUGGAGCAGGCGCCUUCCCAUCUCCUACCACUGUCUGGAACAAGGAACAAGUGUCCGCCUCUUUGGCAAGGCCUGCGUUCUCAUCCCAAUCUCCAGGAUGCCCCAUUCACCCUACCCAUUUGGGGCACCUUUUCUGGUGACCAGAUGGCACUCACUGCAGGGGAGCCACAGCCUCGGGCCCAGGACAGCUGGUAGGGACCACAGAGACGUUCAACUCACUCUUCAGCUAGUGAGUGAAAAAUGGAGUCUCCCAAGGAUCUCACUGCUUUUGCCUUAACUCUGAUCCCUCCAAUGUGGAAUUGUUCCUGCCUUUGAGUCCUUGGGCUAUGAUGGGACAGGACCAUGGCCGCUUGUCCACCCAUUGUAGUCUUACCUAUCCCUUACUACCACAUGGGGCGGGGUGGGGCCAAGGCUGCUCUCCAAGAAAAGCAGCUAGGGAUAGUUAGGAUGACCAUAUUCCCCAGGAUGUCAUCCGUGGAGUGCGGCCAGUCCAGAGUCAGGGCUUGGAAGCCUUCAGACCCGCUGCUGGAGCCAAGGCAUCUAAAGUCCAGGCUUCUGUUCAUGCCAGCUCUCUAGCUUUCCUAGGUCACCUCUGGUGCCUGAGAAAACCAGUCCCAAGCAGCGUCCUAUAGCUUCAUGCUCUAACUGAUGGUGCAUGUGUGGGUCACCUGGGAAAAAUCUGGAAGGCCAGGUGCCACCACACUCCGGGGCGGAAGUGGGGUUCAGGGUAGUAGGUGAGCAAAGUGUCUUUCUCUAGUUCCCAGUGCAUGCCCAGAAAACACAAGUGAACCUUAUAAUAGUUCAAAUAGGGGAGAGAAAUUACUGGGUAAUGCAUGUAGUCCCUGGCUCAGUGGGAAGUCUGUGUGUGUGUGUGUGUGUGUGUGUGUGUGUGUGUGUGUGUGUGUGUCCUCCCCUUC